AUGAUGAGUCGCACGCACGCGCGCAACCCCCGCCAUGCAGGCCGCCGGUGGCCGGCCGGCCGCACCGCAGACAGGGCAUCGCCGUCGUACGGACGCAGCACAGCCUCGACUCGACUGCGUCGUGAACCAGGAUCGGCUGGUCGCCCGCCCCGUACCGUAGGGUUAGGGGAAGCUGAAGUCACGGCCCAGGCCAGAGAAGGGAGGGAGGGACGGCGGGGAAAGGGAGCCGCUCGCGUGCGUCGUCGCCGUCGGCAAUGGUUCCCAGAUCGGAAAGCCAAGGGCCAGAGGGGCUGGAACUCCCGGGACAAGGCGCCGCAAGAGGCAGGUCGGGCCGUUUGCCGUGACCAUGGCCCCCCCCCGGGCGGGCUGCGGUUCGUGGCCGGUCGAUGA